AGCAAAAGUUGGCAGUAGCGCGAACCCACAACUUGUCAAAAUGAUAUCCAAAACAAAAAGUUUGUAAAUAACUAUGAAAAAAUGAAUUUGCAGACACUUUUCCAAGAUUUUAAUCCCAGUAAAUUUGUGGUACACACGUGCCUGUUAACGUUUACGGCCCUUUUUGCUAUACGUCUCGAUGAUUACGUGACGUGGUCUUAUUGGUGCGUUUUUGCGCCGAUUUGGAUAUGGAAAGUUUUAGUGAUUUUGGGGGCCACAGUUGGGAGUUAUGUCUGGUGGAGGUAUCCUCAUUUUCGUCUCGAUUGUGAAGCGUAUAUACAUUACAAAUCGAUGUUGAUUUCGUUAGCGUUACAUUUGAUAUUAUUAAUGUUCGAAUUGCUUGUUUGUGAUAAAUUAGAGUCAAAUAGACAUUUGUGGAUUCUGGUAUUUAUACCGUUGAUUUUCAUAUCAAUUGUUAGUAUAGCGGUAUGCAUAUGGGCGGUAAAACACGACCGAUCGUUUGAGCUCGAAUUAUUUUGUGCCGUAAACGUGUUGCAAUUUAUUUUUUUGGCGUUGCGUUUAGACGAUUUUAUUAAAUGGUCGUGGGAAGUUGUUUUUGUGCCAUUAUGGAUCGUUAUGUGUUUAUCACUUGUUGGAGUGUUGUACACAAUUAUUUUUGCUGCGAUUUUAUUACGGACGCCAGAAGUCAACGCUCAACAGAGACGUUCUAGUUUUAAAUCAGCUUUAGGUUACACUUUUUUAGUCAUCCCGAUAUUAAUAUUUCAAGUAUUAUUAGCCAAUAAAUUGGAUGGGGAGAUUCGUAUGUCGUACACUGCAGUUGUUAGUCCCCUGUUUGUCUCAUUUAUUACUUUAAUUUUGAUGUCUUUUAGUGCCAAAGGGGGCAACCGAUGGUGGUUCGGUAUGAGAAAAGACUUUUGUGCUUUCGUUCUAGGGGCGUGCCCCCUUCUUCAGGAAUAUGCCAAUAUUGCCUAUCACAGCGAACGGCGCACCAAUGGUGUUGAAUUACAGACGCAAAGUGAUAAGAGUGACCCAACAAAUGUAAAAAAAGCCGAUUUGUUAAAGCCCGUGUUGCCCAUUAUUUCCAUUGAAAUGCCUGACUGAUUCGUGUUGUGCUUCCAAAUUUUUACGAUUUGGCCAAAGUUUUAUACGAAGAGAUUUCUUGUUGCAUUUACUAAUUCAGCACAAUGUUUUAAUUUCUUGCGGGUAAAUUCAUUUGUACUUAUCAUAUGGUUUAAAUAUAAUACGGUUUUAAUUUAA